CUUCAAUUGCGCAUUCCGAUACCGCGGAAAUGGUUGCAGAGACAAACGGUGCUCCAACACCAGCUGCGGAAACGCCUACUGACCCCGUCGAUAAGGUUGAAACAAACCAGGAUACUCCCAAGGACUCAGAGAAAGCUCCAAAAACUGAAACUCCCUCAUCCCCAACUGCGGCUGCAGAUGGAGUCAUCAAAACGCCGUUUGCGUCGCCUUUAGAAACCUGCAAGCCAGAGCCUCCUGCAGAGUUAACCUCUGAACAACAAUCGAAAUACGAGCAGCUUCUUACGACUGUUUCCGAAUGGACGACAGUUCCUACUACGACGGCAAAGAAUGCGCCUACGGAGCCUAUCACAGACGAUGACCGUAUGUUCCUGACACGCGAAUGUCUGCUUCGAUAUCUCCGUGCUACCAAGUGGGACUUGAGUGCUGCCAGCAAUCGAGUCAGGGGAACUCUGACCUGGCGCCGUGAGUAUGGCCUUGACAAACUUACACCCGACUAUAUCUCGGUUGAGAACGAAACAGGCAAGCAAGUCAUUCUUGGAUACGAUGUGAAUGCUCGACCAUGCUUGUAUCUGAUCCCAGCCAGACAGAACACUGAGUACAGUGAGCGACAACUGGAGCACCUUGUCUUUAUGGUGGAGCGUGUUAUCGACCUCAUGGGACCUUAUCAAGAAUCUUUAGCAUUGCUGGUGAAUUUCAGUGAUAUGCGAUCAGGGCAAGGCUCAACAAUUGGUCAGGGCAGACAAACGCUGAGCAUUCUCCAAAACCACUACCCAGAACGCCUUGGUCGGGCUCUCGUCGUCAAUAUACCUUUCCUGGUUCACGGAUUCUUCAAGCUUCUUUCGCCAUUUAUCGACCCGCUGACGAGGACAAAGCUCAAGUUUAACGAGGACCUCCGUAACCACGUUCCACCUGCGCAGCUACUCAAAACCGUAGGCGGAGAAGUAGAAUUCGAGUAUGAUCACUCGACGUACUGGCCAGAACUGAACAAGCUGUGUGAACAGCGACGAAAGGAGUACUUUGAGAGAUGGGUCCAAGGCGGCAAGGUCAUCGGAGAGCAUGAAACCUAUCUGAAAGGCGGACCCGACAAGGGCCGCAAUGCAAGCCAGGCAGCGGUUCCAACGGUUGAGGGAAAGACGGAACGCUUGGAGGUCAACCUCCCCCAAGCCAACAACGAGCAAUCCAGCGACGCAAUCACGCCAGCAUAGUAGAGGGAGUUUCAUCGUCUAUUUCAACUCCACGGUCAUUUUAAAUACGACUAGCGCGUCAUAUUUCGGGCUCUUUUUUUUAUGAAUUUCAUUUGAUCAAAAUUUUAAGCUUAAUCAUGUUUGGCCGGCAUAGAUGCAUUGUUUGAUGAAAUCCGUGCUAGAACGUUCUCUCCGGGGUUCUUUGAAUAGAUAUCGGCUGUCUUUUGAGAAGCGUUGGGGUUACACUUGCGGAUUUUUAAGACUACUACUAUAAGCGCGCUGGUCGUUGUCUGGGGAAUCAAUUCACAAU